UGUAUUAUGACAGUGUCCCAGGCGACAUAAUAAUUAUUAUUAAGAAGUUUAGAUGCCCGUACGAACCAUAUGGCGCAAAACGUGCCAUUUUAAUGUUCCAACUGAGCUUCGUAGUCGCCUUUCCAACUUAGCAGCAUUAACUUACCGUAUCAUGGAUUCACCAACGCGGAAGUUAUUGUUCAAGCCAGGUGACUUGGUUGCCGUAGCGCAACCAUGGAUUUACGUCUCGUUGCCAAAGUUUCUGGAUACGGCUUGCUACCACUGCUUAUGUACGCCUGACAAAGAAUUGAAGCGAUGUUCCCAGUGCCAUUUUGCUCGAUAUUGUAGCGAAAGCUGUCAGAAACUGGAUUGGAAGCCUCGUCAUAAGGACGAGUGUCCUUUGCUGCAAGAAUUAACCCGGCUUAACGGUGACAUCUUGAAAACUCACUGCCCUGAAUUUGCAUACUGGCUCUUAAUAAUGAAAGUGGUAGCUAAACUGAAGAAACGUCGCCAAGACGAUCUGGAAACGUAUCAUAAAUUCCAUUCCAAUCCAGAGGCCGCUGCCUUGGACCCUAUUGCACAGUCGAACUUUAAAGAAUGGUCUCCAGGCUUUGAUUACAUUGAUCCGGGAGUAAAGCUUUAUUUACGUCCUGCUUUGUUUUUCGAUGUGUACAGCAAAGUUAAGUUCAAUGCCAAAAUAAUUGUGGGCACCCAAAAGGACGGGUCGUGCGCUGCUGAAGGACUGGCACUGUACACACCAGGCGUUCCGGAGGCGGUUGUCGGUUGCAAUCGGAAUGUGGUGUAUUACAGUCGAGAUAAUAAACUCUUUGUCAAGGCCACUAGGAAUAUAUAUCAAGGAGAUAAGGUGGUAUCUUCCAUAGGGUCACCAUUUACGACCCCGAAACAACGUGCUGCUACGUACGCAAAGGUUUAUGCCGAAUGCUCCUGUGAAGCCUGUACAGAUCCGUCUAAGGAAGCUGAGCGAAACGCUUUUAAGUGCGGAACGGUUGGGUGUGCCAAUGCUGUGCCGUUGGAUGGGCGGUGCCGAGAUCCAUGCGAAGAAUGCGGACGAAUGAACAACGACAGAAUGGAGGAAGCCAAAUAUUGUGUUGCUUCUAUUCUCAAAAAAGCUGAUUCAUUUCACACCGUUCAUACAAUGUCUGAGAAUGAUGUCUCAAAACUUAGCUUGAUGAUCCAACACGCCGCAAAAAUUCUCCAUCCAACAAACUUUACCCUUGGGUUGCUGUACAAACUGGCGGUAAAAACCGUAUUAUCUGUCAACUUCGGCAUAGAUGACACAGCCUUACAAUGGAUCGAAAAAAUGUUAUUGCCAAUGGAGUUACAUACAGAUGGCUACCUGGAAGAAAUUGCCCAGAACCUUCACCAUGUCUGUCUGCGUUAUGCGGGCGCUGGUAACCGGGAAAUGGUUGAAAAAUAUCAGCCUAAAUAUCGACGCAUUGUGGAAACUGUAUACGGAGAAGACUCAGAUGAAAUGAAGAUUUUGCGCUUGAACGAGCUAAUGACUACCUGCAAUUUAAACGCGGCAUUAUCCCGUUGAAGGGAGGGGAUUUAAAUGUCCCAGACAGCAACGAAACAAUUGAGACAAAAGAAGAAUUGUCUACUUAUUUACUGACUUGUUCGGAUCAUUGCAGAUUUUAAGUGAUUUCGUUGCCAUAAACCGACUUAGGAAACACU